AUGCUUGCAUGUGCAUUCGACGGAUGUCGCAGCCUGCGGCCAUAUGCCGCUAGGCCCUACGCAGAACCGGCCCAGCAGUUUUUCAGCUUCAAGUAUGGGUUUUGCGAAACGCAUCGCUUGAAUUGCACAAGCAGACGGCAGCUGCAUCACGUCGUGUUUCCGUGGACGGAGUUCGAGCACAUUCCGAAGCAAGGGGCUAGGGUGGCUGACUUGUAUGCUGGACAUCCGCUCUCUGGGAUGAGCCCGUACAAGCGAGGCAUGCUCCUGCAAGGCCUGUGCAAGCGCGUGCUUACCAGCACUUACCCGCAUCUGCAGCUGGAGGAGCCAGUAACUGGAACCUGUGUGAACGGCAGGCGAAGAUCAACACAACAGGCCUCUUGGGACUGGACGCUUGGGGGCAGGAAGGUCGAAUGCAAGAGCUGCAGGUUGUCCUGGGUAGCGCACUUGAACACUUGGUGUGUGCGCUUUGCUUCGGUGAAAUUUGCCGAACCUGACAGUCGCAGCCAUGCACUCUUUGACGACCUUUAUCUUGUGGUGGAUACUCCAGAUUCUGUUCACAUUCUGAAGCAUGACCUUCGAACCGGACUUACCAGGCACGGUGCUGCAACAAGUGCCUGCGGGCACAGCAUCAAAGUCAUUGGUAGCACAGGUACAUCUGACUGGCGAUCAGCCUGGAACAUCAUUUCGCACAAGCUGUGUGAGGCAAAGGGAAGCUGCGAGAAGGUUGAAAAAAUCUUGUUGACAGAUCCACGCUUGUUGUCUGCCGUAUGCAAGGAAGAGGAGGACAGUGCGUGUCGUCUGUAUGGUUGCGACCCGCUCAGUGACUUGAGCCCAUCUGCACGGGGCAUUUUUUUGGAACAAGUUGGUUUCGAGAUCGAUCAGAAGCUCAAUCCAACUAGCACAUUCAUCAGACAAGGGGAACGUCUCCCUGUUGACUGGAUCAGGGGCUCUGUUCGAGUGGAGCUGAAGCAUGCCAGACUAGUGAGGAUGAAGGCUGGAUUAUGGCGUUGCUGCUUCAGCAACAUAAAAUGUGCAGCCGAUGGAUUGCGCGAGGCGAAUGCAUUUGAUGAGCUGUGGCUUGCGCUAUACAGCCCGCUUGGCAUUGAUUUCUUUCGAAGCUGCGGCCAUCUUCGCUACACAUCGGUCGGGGCACGGGGAAAGGCAUUGGGUAACGACCUGGAUCUACGUCGUGCCCCUGGCCAAGCCACGGAGGUCGGCGAAGCGCUGCGCACCUUUCACCGGCAGCUGGAGCAGGCGGGAUGCUGCUUCAAGGCAUCUAUUCGCUGGUAG